AUGUCUUCGAGACUGCGCAGGAUGAUGGGCAAGCGGAGUCUGAAGAACUCAGCAACAGACCCGGCCGACAUGGAGUCCCCUUCCCGGUCUUCGCCCGAAGAGAGUCGGUCCAGUCCACUGAAGAAGCGCGAGCCUGUCGCCCAAGACGACCUCAGCGACGUGCCUCCACCAUCACCAGAAAAGAUCAAAGCAGUCGAGCGAUCUACUCGCAAGGUUUCGCCAUCAAAGACCUUGCUAGACCGAUACAAGAACCGCUCCACCACCUCUGUUACCGCUUCACCACCCGCCAUCAAAAUCCCAGCAUCUACGCUGCGCGACAGUACUCGCAGUCCUUCACCAAAGGGCACCACGUUCAGACCCGAUUUCAACCACAGCCCGGACCCACUUGCAAACGCUGCAGACAGCGCAAACGGCGGCGGCAAGUCCAAGGGCAAAGACAAAGCAGGAGCAGAGGUCGAAGCACCAAGCCUACCUGACGUGCCUAAGAAGUCGACCAAAGGUUCAGAGAUGGACAAGUUGCGCAACGACGAGAACGUCAGCCCAAUGACAAUUGUCGACACCUCCGAGCCAAAAUCGCGGCGCUCAACUCGAUCAAUCACCCGUAGGCAGGAGCGAGCAGAUUCGAAGCAAGACAGCAAUGUUAGCACCAAGGACUUUGCCAGUCUGUCGCUGAGCCCUGCAGACGUACCACCAGGCCUCAACAUCUGGAAGAGCGCCGCAUCUCGAACGCCAUCUCCGUGCUCACCGAAGUCGAAGCCGGCUGAGUCGAAGCAAGAAGAUGCUUCGUUAUCGACAUGGAGCGAUGUGACUUCACCAGCACGACCAAAGACUCCUCUCCCAGAAGAAUCAUUCGAGCGCCCGUCCACCCCGCCAUCAUCCGACACACCUCCAGAGAUACCACCAAAGUCUCCCAAACGCUGCUCGUUCUCCAACUCUCUAAAAGAAGGCAUUGACAAUAACGUCGCCCAAGACACCAACGACACUCAAGACGCUGAAGACACCGAAGCCGCCAACCCCCAACCCACCACCAAACCCACCCUCAAACCAACCACCCCCCUCCUCCCCACAGCGCCCCUCUCCCCAACCACCCCAAAAGACUCCCCCGUCGCCGUGCGCCCACCCCUCUACGACGCCUCCAAGACCCCCGGCAAGCAAUGGGAGUCAGACUACGGAUCUAGCAGCCGCCCCCAUUCGCCCUGGAUGCACAGCAAGCGCUGGACGUGCUGCGUGUGUCAGGGGCAGACGAUUGUCGAGCAGGUGGUUUGUAGCCGGUUGAGCUGUGUGCAUGAUCGGUGUCCGAGUAAGUGUCGGGUUGAGGGGAUGGAUCGGGCGAGGGGGCCGCAUCAGCGGUAG